GUGCUAUUUCUGCUGCUGCUGUGGAGCGACUCUUUCCCUCUGAUUGUCUGUACAAUGCUGGCAUCAACCGUCCCGCUGCUCAGCUCUGCUUCUUCCCAACAUUUGAGCACCGUGUGGAUGUUAUCAGCUCAGCCGGAGCCUGGCUGCCUCUCUCAACUGAUGGUGUCCUCCGUCACUGCUUUCUAAGUGCAAAACUGCAGCCGGUGCCUCAGAAAUGUUUGACCGCUGAGCUCUUAGUUCAUCCCUCACUAACCAGGUGAUGACUGAUGUAGCUAUGCGUGUUCCCUGGCGGAGUUUAACCCUAAUCUCAACCCGGUGACAGGACCUUGGAUCUAAGUAUUCUAGUCUGUGCACACUCUGUAACACAGUUGGCCAUGCUGGAUGCAGCUCAAUAGUGAGUAGCACUGGGUGGGAAACUCUAGUUUUUCUAAGCUCCUAUCAGAAGACUGACAUGUUUGUGUUACAAUGAGAAACUGAGAGGAUAAGUAGUAAUAGUAAGUAAGACUGAGGGGGCCAAAGUGCGACAGAAAAGAAGAGCCAUCCUGUCAGUAGGUUGGCAGCGCUAGAGACAGUCAGGCCCUGAGGAUGACGAGCCUGUUUAGGCGCAGCAGCAGCAAUGGAGGCUCCAGAAGCAGUGGAAGUGGAGGUGGAGGUGGCAGUGGCAGUGGACAGGGGCAGCUCAACAACAGCAGACCCAACCGGCAGGUCAGACGCCUUGAGUUCAACCAGGCCAUGGAAGACUUUAAGACCAUGUUCCCCUCUAUGGACUACGAGGUGAUUGAGUGUGUGCUACGUUCAAACAAUGGAGCAGUGGACGCCACCAUCGACCAGCUGCUCCAGAUGAGCAUUGAUGGACAGGGAUCAGAUGACAGCUCCGACUCGGAUGACAGCAUCCCACCAGAGAUUCUGGAGCGUACCCUGGAACCUGACAGUUCAGAUGAAGAACCACCUCCAGUUUACUCUCCACCAACGUAUGAUAUGCACAUUUAUGACAGGAAAUAUCCAGAGGCCCCACUAAACCCUCCUCCAAGAUUUGAAGCCCAAGCGCCUCCAGGUCUGCAACAAGUCAGAAGCUACCGGAACUGGAACCCACCUUUGCUUGGAAAUCUCCCAGACGAUUUUCUGCGGAUCCUGCCACAACAGUUAGACAGCAUUAAGCAGAGCUCUCAGACCAGUCUCUCUCAGCCUUCAUCAUCCUCAUCCUCCUCAGUUUCUUCAAUAAGCCAAUGGACAGCUCAGUCUGGUUCUGGGUCAGUAGCUGCAGGGACCACUGGAGGUUCAGGUUUGUCAACAGGAGCUACAGAGCAAGACAAGAAACUGAAGCAGUAUCUUGAGGAUGAGCGCAUCGCCCUGUUCCUGCAGAACGAGGAGUUUAUGAGAGAGCUGCAGCGCAACCGCGAGUUCCUCAUCGCCUUAGAGAGAGAUCGCUUGAAGUAUGAAUCAAAGAAAUCAAAGUCCAAUCAUUCAUCUAGCAUGGAGAGUUCCACAGGAGAACAGUACUCUGCCACUUCAAUGGAAGCCAUCUCAGAUGACGCGUUGUUCAGAGACAAACUCAAACACAUGGGGAAAUCAACAAGAAAGAAGCUGUUUGAAAUUGCCAGAACGUUUUCAGAAAAGACGAAGAGGAGAAAGACAAAAAGGAGGACGCUCCUGAAGCAUCAUUCAUUGGGCACAGCCAAUUCUACAGCCAAUCUCCUAGACGAUGUCGAGGGAAACCCUUGUGACUCAGUCCUCCUCUGCGUGAAGGAGGCCAGUGUUGCACAAGUUUCUGAGGAGGAUGGUCAACCCAGAAGAGCAAACACUCAGGAAGAGACUGAACAACGUAACGAGCCAGUAUCAUGAUCCUCUCUUGCUGCACCAUAUCAGGGUUACCAUGGCCACGACAGCAUGACCCAUGGGUGGUGGCUUUGCAGCUCUUCCUGUCCCCACCUGCUCACCCCACCCUAAUCCAGCCAGCUGAUGUAAGGCUCAGCAAUGAGUUGAGACUCACACCCCCCCACCCUCCUUCCUGGGGAGAGGAACUGGACUGUUCUCCGCAUUGGGCUAAUUGUCUGUAAAUGCAUUAUCUCUGUAUUAUAACACUUUGUGGAUAUAUAGUUUUAAAUGUAAAGGAAAAUGCAUUAGUCCCUACAGUAUUUGGUAACUGCUUCCCUUAAUCAACUGAGAGAAACACUAGCAUAGUAAUAAUCUUUCCAUAUUAACCUGUGUUACUUUUCCAGACCUGUACAGUAGCAGACUACAUGUUUCUGAAUGGGGUCCCUCAGGCAGGGCAUUUCAAAUCCAAAGUGUGCACAUGCCCCUUUAUAUACACUAAACCAUGUAGAGCUUUUUUACCAUGUUUUCUUAAUCAGAUUGGAAUAUUUUGCUGUUUUUGAAUGUUAGGGGUUAUGUAACUGAAUUUCUUAUAUGUAUGAAUAAUGAGGCCAUUAAAGCUGUCGCUGCCCAAAUGUCAACACUUCACCGUGACCCUUAUAACCAUUUGGUCACAUUUAAUGGACUGUGUACUUAGAAAGCAUGAAUGCUGCGUUGUUUAGAGUAGUGUACUAGUUUGAUUUGUUUGGCAAGGUGAAAAAAAAAAAUCCUAUUUGUAUUGUUUGUUAUUGUAGCAGCACUAGAAGUACAGUUGCACAGUUAUGAGCUGUGUGUCAUAACGUUGAACCAGAAUUACAGACUGAGCAAGCAUGGUUAUCAUGCCAAGGACAAUAUGAACUUUCUGACUUCAAAAGGCAACCGAAUUAAAGUGGAUAACUUUAAAGCCCUGGUACACAAGGAAAUGGUAGUUGUCCGACCAAGUCUAAAGGCAAACGUGUGUGUAGUUGUUUUCUUGAAAGUGUGGAAGUGAAAAAGUUUUUGUUCAAGAGAUGACCUGUGCAUCUAUGUUUGCAUUGACGCACAAGGACAGAAGUAGUUGUCUGAGAAGAGAAAGCUGGAGAGAGGGCUUAAAACACCUCCACUUUAAAGGUCUUUUUGGGUCUGCUCAUUGCUGAGGAAGAGAGAAGUCCCAACCUGGUGCCUCAGUUGGACUCGGUCCAAAUCAUUCUUACUCUUAUUAGGUUAAGUAGCGUCUCAUUUUACUGCCAUGGGUCUGUGAGUAUGUCCAAUACCCGAGUUCAUCUGAAUGUACCAGAGCUUGCUCAAUAUCAUCAUCAUUCAUUAAUAUCUGGUCUUGUUUUUACAAGAGGUGGAAACAGAACUGAAUUUCUAUUACUUUAUAAUGGCUCAUGAUUAUUAAUAUUAUAUUGCUGCUGUUUAUGUUCUCUCUCUGGGUUUGGCUGUGUUCAGGUUCUUCUCAGAUGAGGUCUCUCUCUCUCUUUUUUUUUUUAUAUAAAUGAAUGCAUGCAUGUCAGGUCUGGGUAGGUUUUCCAUGGGUCUGUUUUGGUGAAGACCUCUCCUCCACAUAGCUGACUAAUCACUGUGUCAAGUGAGUGUGACCAUAAGAUUGUUAGUUCAGAGAGUUUCAAAUACUGUCACAUGCAGCCCGCCCAGUGCUAUCAUUACAAAGGUGCAAUUGGUUGCAGUGUCAGACGCUGGGUGAAUAUUCAACAAGUGCUUUGUGUAAAGCAUAGUUCGGCCUUCAGAAUAGUAGUUGCAUAUGGUUUCCUCUUUCAGGUGCUCACAUCCACAACAGUAAUCCUACUUUGAUGAAAUAAAAUGAGCAUGAUGCCCAGUUUAGCUGAAUUAGCUGCCUGCUAUUUUCCUAUUGUGGUGGCUACGUUCUGUAAUGACUGCAAACCUGUGGCUGCCUGGGAGGGAAGAAACUCUUCAGUAUGUGCUGGCAUGGUAAGAAGCCAGUGAAGGUUCUCAGCUGUGCUGCUGCAGCAGUGACUCCUGCUGGUUGUCGAUGGUUCUUGCACCAUAGAGACACAGCCCCCCACCCUAUGGUAAAGCCUGUUGCUGUUACUUUGCAGAAGAAAAAAUUGGACUUGAGACAGUAUCUCACACAGCAGCCGUCCUUGGGACAGCAUUACAGUGCUUGCUGAAAAUAAGUGUAGCAUCAAAUUGGGUACCCUUCUCAAUAAAUGCCGACAAAGAUACACCUUUGUAUUUUUAAAAACGUGUCUUAUUGGUUGGAAUUAUGUUGGUGUGCAUUUUUGACCUUCUCUGUAUGUUUUUUCUGUUCUGACCUCGCCUAUUGAACCAAACUAGGAGUCUCAAAUUCACUGCUCUAGACACGUCCACAGAGUUUUAUUCACUGCUUCACUUACCAUGUCGCAUAUAUUUUUGUCAGGUUUCCAGAAUUCUUGCAAUGAACCAAAAUGACAUUUUUGAGAUGUUAUGAAAAUGAUAUCACUCAGAUUACGUUGCAAUGUCUUUGUGCAAAUCACACCUUUGUUAUCCUGUCUUUCCCCAAUUCGACAUUUUUAAAUGCCAGUGUGUAAUGACUUGAACCCUGGCAUCAUGUGUAGGCGCGAGAGUAUUAAUGGUUGUGAUUUCCACAUGAAUAAUGGGAUGACAACAUGUGUGAAUUGUGAUUGAUUGACAAAACAACACAAAAGAUGCUUGCGAGGUUUGGAUCUGCCUCUUUUUCCUUGUUGUUUUUAAUUCUAUGUGUACAUGUAAAACUAGCAUAGAUGUAAAAAGUAGUCAUAGUCUAAUGUAGCCUUUGUGAGCAGGAAAUGUGUGCUGUGUGUAUGCGAAACUUUACAAGGCAAGGCUUCCAAGAAAACACCCUGAUUUGAAACUCUAAUUAACUUACAAAAAGUGAAAUCAACUAGUUUCCUCCCUUUGUGCAUCAAAGGGUUCAGAAAAUCUCCCCAAAUGAACUUUUCUGGAUUUGCAUUUUGUGUGUUAUUUAUCCCCAUUAAUUAAAAUACUUAAAUGUGAUUUUUUUUUUUUUUUUUGCUUAUUUUGUGAUGAGCAAAGACUGAAUGUCAGUAAUUUGAUAGGUAAUUUGUUAAAGGACCAUUUCAGUGUUAAAUGCAUGUCCAGACCAUUGACGCAUAUAUUAAAUUUAAAGCUCAAUUUACCAAUCUUCUUACAUGGACGUUGAUCAAAUGGCUGUGGAAAGAGCACCACUCGUAAUGAUGAAACUACCAACUCUUUAGUUCACCUCAAAGCCCUUAUUAUUAUUUAGAUAUUCUGCAUUUUAGUCUUUAUGGAGCAGCUGUAUUAUCGAAACAUAUUAAAUAAAGCCACGGUUCACUGCCAGCUCAGCAGCUAACGACACACAGACACAGGAGACGGGAGGGGAACACAGGAGAGCAUUUAGCAGCUAAAAUAUCAUAUUUUUCUCAGGAGUUGGUGGAGACCAAAAAGAAGUUAAAAGAUGGAAAAUAUCAGACUUAACUUGGAUUCAUCAGGUGGACACAAACUCCAAAAUGAAUGCCAAUGUGGCUGCUGUCAUCAAAACUGAAAUAAAUGGAAAUAAACAAGCAAAACGUUGUUUCUUAAAGGUUAGAUGUCAUGUUGCUGGGUUGUAAAGUCAGCAGGUUAUGUGAAUGAUGGAGUGGUGUUUCUUCAAGGGCCACAUUUGUAAUCUCAUCAGAAAACAGUGAAAUGUUAACUCACUUUGACUGUGUGCUUUGUCUCAUUUUUUAAAGAUUAUUUAUUGACGUUGACUGUAAAGUCAAGUUUGCACAUGCUUGUUUUAACAUUGAACUUUAAGGUCAGACCUAAAUGUGUUUAUAAAUGAAUUACUUUUAUUGGCCUUUUGGAGAUUUGAUUUGUAUAACUGGCCUCAAAAAUAUACACAUUUAAAUCGCUAGAAAUGGCACAAGCAUAUGCAGUGAAAAUGGCAAUAAAAUCAUUAUUUUGUUCAGUUUCAUGAUUUUACAUCGAAGGCAAAAUGUUCAAAACAAUCUGAGAACCCAGUCAAUGUUAGUCACAGGAAGUCAGAAUAGAUGGGUCGCUUUUAUGUUUAGUCAAUGACCUUUUACCCACUUCCUAAUCGUUCACUGUUUUGAUUCCAGAGUCAUAUUAUCAGUACACUGUUGCAUGUCUUAGUUCAUACUACCUUGUUGUCUGUUAAAGUGGACCUUGAUGAGCUGGCUUCCAGAGCAGUUUUGGGCAACCUUUUUCUGUCUGGCUUUGCUGUGAUCUGUAAGUGGUUGAUGUUUGAUUAAUUUUUAGGAAACUUGUUAAUGUUUCUCCGCUCAGGGAAAUCUACCGCAAUUAAUCUCUUCCAUUUAGAUUUUUUGACACACGUUACAAGCACAAAUUGUCCACACAGGAUACCGUACAGGUUAUUUCCUUAAGCUUAAAAUGACAUAUUGUUAUUAACAUUUAGAACCAUUCAGAAGUCUUAGUACUUACAGAGAGGUGCGUUUUUUACAUGUAAAAUAAUCUAAAGUGAGCAGCUAACAAUUUGAGAAAAGCUAAAAUUGCUCUUUGGGUUUGUCUCUGGUGGCCAAUUAGACUUCUGAAAUGUUGGACUGAUUAUUUCACCACGUUCAGAUUUUUCUCCUCAACAUUUGCUCUGCCAUACUCAAUAAUGAUAAGUCUUCCAAAAAACUAGCUUGUGUUGUCAUCUCACAAACCUCCGCUACUGAUGCAGCACUGUAGGAAAAAUCCACUGUAAAGUGUCUGAGCAACAGCUCAAACACAGAUAUUGAUGUGCUUUAUGUCCAAAAGUUUGUUUAGUCAUUUUGAUGUGAGGUUCUUAUUUUGUGGAAUUGAUCAAACAUAUUGUCGAUCACAUCAUCGAUCAUGUGUGUUACAGGCAUACAUUGUGUUGUGGUUUGAAUAGAGUUUGUCUUUGCAAUUUGUCACAGGUGCUGGAAAAUGUAGGAAAGCAUUCAGAUCUAAACAACUGGAGCAAUGAAACAUUUUCUUCAGUUGACAUCAGUGUUGGAUUAAAUCAAAAUGAAAACUUAAAUUUGUAUAAGAUAUGCAACUAAAGUGCAACUUAUAUCAUUAGUGUAUUAUUUGAUUGGAAUUUAACCAUGUAUAAGUAAUUUCUGCAUUGGUGAGACUAUGUAUAAAUGAGGCAGACUGAGAAAAGUGUGCAAGAAGUCAUCCCUGCAAUGUACUGAGUGGUGCAUUAUGAUGUGGGGCACGAUUUUCUUUUUAAAUACCCACAGUGUGACUAGCUCACAUCAGUCAUUUGAGCUGGUCAGCAGCAAUGCUUGAAUUUCUUGUGUGCCACUGAGCAGCUAAAUCAUCUGAGCAAAUGAACAAAACACAAAGAUGUUGUGCAGAUUUGGUGGUGUGUGUCAUGAAUGUAAAUGAACUGAGAUCAAGCCAUUUAGCAACAGUACGUUGUUUACAGUGCACAUGAGCUUUGGGCUCUGCUCCUCUGUAAGAUUGUAUGCCAUAUCCACAGAGCAGAACCACAUCCUGGGUUUGACUUUCCAGCUGUUUCAUAUGGAACUAAAGUCUGUGUGUUGCAAUUACCGACCAUUUAAACACGACACACACUAACUAAAAAAUAAAUAAAUGGAAUUGUUGCAUUUAAAAUUGUUUUUUAAGGAACUUUACACUUUUGGCUCAACUUCAUUUUUAAAGACGGUAAAGAAUAGAAGAUUUGUUUCACCCCACAGUUGUGUCAUGGUUGUUCAUGAAUGUGGUUCUUUUUUCCAUUAAAGUAUUAUUGUAUGCAAGAACAUUUCUUAGUCAUCACAGUAAUUGUGUUGUACCAUCUGAUUUGUUCGUGAAUUAUGUUUGUAAAUAUACUAACAUGACUAUUAAAGUUUUUUCUAUAAAGUAA